CAAAACAUUAUCAAACGACAAGAAGGAUUUGAAGAAAUAAAACAAAAAGGAGUCAUUAUUGACGAAGAAGUAUCACGUAAACUUUAUCUUGAGUAUUGCGAGAGUGAACCAAGGAUCUCU